AUUGAUGUGACUGUGGAGUCAGACGACGGCAGCAGUGGAAAUGACAGAGAAGGCAGUCCUGUGGCUUCCAGUGAGGGAGAUGACGAUGAUGCCAUUGAAGGCAAUGAUGAGGUGAAGGGGAAGGAAGACAGUGAUGUUAAGAGUGACAAUGGCCGUGACUUAAAGAAAGAUGUGGAAUGGAGUGAUGAGAAUGUGCCAGGAGACAAAACUGCAGAAGGAAAUGAAGAAGAACCUGGCAAUGUUGCUGGAAAUACAGAAGGCCUAGAUGAAGGAAAUGAAGGAGCAAACAAGGAUGCUGGAAAGGAAGAAGAAGGAGAUGGAAAUGAAGAAAAAAACAAUGGUGGAAAUAUGAAGGCAGGCAAGAGAGAUGUAAAUGAAGGUGAAGAUAAUGUAGAUGGAAAGGAAGAAUACACGGAUGUGCAAGUGCAGGAAAGCAAUGAUGCCAGUGAACAGAGAAGCAGUGAUUGGACUGGGCAGGAAGAUAGCAAUGGAAUUGAUUGUGGGAAGGAAGUUGACAAUAGUGGUUUUCCUGCAACUGAGGAAGAAAAUAAGGAAAUUGAAAAAGAAGAUGACGAUGAUCGAAGCAAGGAUGAAGAACAGGGUGGUAUAAAUGUGGAGGCAAACAAGAACAAGGAUAGAAGAGAAGACGAACAAGGUAAUGUGGCUGCCAGUGAAAAAGAAGGCAGUGAUAGUGGCAAGGAAGAAAGCGUCAGGGGUGGAAUUGAAGACAGAGAAGACGGCCGAGAUGCUGGGAAUAAGCAAGGCAUCCUUUUAGUAGAUCACAUAAAGUGGCCGGUGGAGGACCUGGAGAGAGGUUGCUCAGUGACAGCUGAGCUGAUGGAAAGCUUCACGCGUGUCUUUGUGGACCGCGUGAGCAAUACUUUCUACCCGGUGCCUCAAGAAGCCAUUGGGGUGGGCAGUGCCUUUGAGGGUUGGAGUCCCCGUGAGUGGGAUGGGGUGUACCGGGUUCUGAUCCCGCUGAAUCCCCCGCCAGGGCAUGCCUUCCACCCAGAGCUUAACAGCGCAGGGCAGGUGGCAGCAAGGACCUUCAGUGUCCGUGUGGAGCUGGUGUGCACAUGCAAGAGGGAGCAGCUGGGCAAGCAGCUGUUGUGCUUCGUGCACCACUCGCAGGAGGAGCUGCGGCGGAAGCGGAAACACAGCCUCCUAGAGACACUCUGCACCGGUUCCUACCUGGAUGUGGAGAAAACCUCCCGCUGGUUCCACCAGUUGGUGAGAUCCUCGUGGCUGCAUGUGCCUCAGUCAUACUCCUGGCACUUGGUGUUUCAGCCCUGCAGACGGUCCUGCCAAUUCCGGCUGAGCAAAGGCAAGAAGAGCGUGAAGGUGGAGAUGCUCUUUGGGGUGCGCCAAGGGAACUCUGACAUUUUUGUGGUCAGCCAGCCCACAGAGGCACAGAAAGGCAGCUCCAGCAUCUCUGUGAGCAGCCAGCCUGCUGAGGCCAACUUCAUUGCAAGCACAUCGUGGCCUGAGACAUACGCUGUGGCAGAGGUGAAAUUCUUCCGUCACGUUGCCAGGCAGGUGCCAUGUGAGAAUUUGCACCUGAAAUGCCUGCAGGUCUUCACCUGCAUCCUUAGGAGCACAGGUUUUUCCAGCUCUACCUGGAAGACCGUGGUCAUGCACGUGCUGACCACUGUACCGCUGUCCCGGUGGAGCAGGAGGGAAUUUGCGCGGCGGCUGUGGGACAUCAUGGCAUACCUGCACCGCUGCCUGCAGUUGAAACGCUUGGAGCACUUUGUGCUUGGCAACAAGAGGCUUCCUGCAGAGCUCAGCUUGCCACCAGCACUGCAAGGGGUUGAGCCACUCAACCUCUUUGAGCUCCUGGCCCGAGAUCCAGCUGCUCACAGAGAGGCGAUGCAAGCUUAUGGUCAGCUGCGAUUUCGCCUCUGGAUGCUGCUCUCCAGCCACUGAGAGCAGUUCAUUGCACAGAGCUGUGCUGGGGGGGCUCACACCCGAUGACAGCCACGUGAACACUGCACAGUUGUUGCAUUU